CGAAUGUUGAUCCUAGCGAUGACAUGACAACUCAUGGCAUCAAUGACAGCUUCCGCCGUUCCGCAGAACGGCUCGCAGCGCGCAAUGGUCUCGGCUGCUCUGCGGGGACAUUGGUCCAAGCUUCAGAUGCUGGUGGAGAAAGGUGCAAACCUCUCCUCUGAUGCCGCCAUGCGUGCGUUCACUCUGGCGGCCGCAGCGCAGUCUGUGGAGGUGCUGCAAUGCUUCCUGCUGAAGGGCAUUGAUGUGGACUCCUGGGGCGUCAAGAAGGCCCUUCUAUCAGCCGCCACAACUGGAGACGUGUUGGUUCUGAGAUGUCUCGUGUCCAACCGAGCAGAUCUCACAUCCUGGGCGGCCAAGCAGUCCUUGAUCCUUGCGGCCGAGAAGGAACAGAUGGAGGUGCUGCGUUUCCUGCUGCGCAGCGGUCUGGAGCUUGGACCUGAGAUCGGAGACCUGGUGAUGGAGACAGCAGCGUCCAAGAACGAUGUGCAUGUGUUGCAACUUCUCCUGGACAAGAUGGCGCAGUUCCACUCCAGCGCCGGCGAAGCGGCGCUGGCCUCAGCGGCGCGCUGCCGCAGCUGGGAGGCACUUCACUUUCUGGUGCUGGCAGGGGUGGAGUUGGAGUCGCCAUCUGGGCAAGUCGCGUUGUUUGCCGCCGCUGGCAGCAGCAAUGGCUUCAUCCUGCGGGUCUUGGAAGAAGGAGGUUUGGACACCUCCUCCGAACGUUCACAGCUGACCCUGCGAAGCGCUCGGCACCGGCAGCGCUUUGAUCGCCGCCUGCGACGCAAGCGCCUGGAAUGCGACCUGGACUCCUUCGCCCUGAAAUUUGGGAAGAUCGCCUUGAGAGCUAGCCGUUGCGCAGAGGAAGGGCGGUUCCUGAAAGCGUUGACAGCCGCUGUCGUCCCAAGGCCACCUAGUUUGAGACCGACCAUCGAGACUCAGGAUGCGACCAGCAUCGAGGAGGCAGAGGGGGUAGCGGAGUCGGCGGAGCUGCGUGGCGGAAUUGAGGAUGAGCAGCUGGACAUGGAAGAAAUGCGAGAUUCGGAGCUAGAUCUGGAUUUCUUCGCGCCGCCGCUCUUCACAUCCGCAGCUCCCCCACAUCUGCCUCUGCCGCUGCCGGAGCAACCAGCAGAGCAGGAGGAACUGGACCCACACGUGGAAGACACUGCGGAAGCCAAUCCAAAGCUGGAGGAGGCUCAACCAAUGGAGCGAUGUGAUGUCCGUAGAUACUUAGAUCAGCUGAUUGUCUCUGCGCUAGAAUCCUGCGGAGCGAUGGACAGCGACAGGCCUUCGAUGCUUGCCGGCACCGAACGCCGCAACAAAACGCCGCCAGCGAUAACACCUGAGCCAGUCACUGAAGCUGACAUCAAGCCACAUGAGGUCUACGAAGACCUAAGGGUGGCCGCCAGCCGUGGGCAACAGGAUCAGGUGCUGCACCUCCUCCGCCAGCGCGCCGUUUGUCAAAGCGCCAGCAGCGCUGGCAGCGCCACGGCAUUGCACCUGGCGGCGCAGAAUGGACACCGGGAGGUGGUGGAGGCCCUGUUGGCGGCUGGGCAUCGCGCCGAGAAGGUUGAGGGCUUCACCCCGUUGCACGACGCCGCGCAGAACGGCCACGUGGAGAUCCUUCGUUUGCUGCUCCGAUCUUCACCUUGCAGGGCUCAGCCGCCCGACGCCGGGGCCUUGCAGAUUGCGGCGCGCCGGGGACACGUGGAGGUGGUCCGAGAACUGCUGAGAGCAGAAGCGAUGCCCGAUACCUUAGAUUGCGGCUAUUCAGCGCUGCACGAUGCCUCCUAUGCAGGUCACCCUUCAGUGGUGCAACUGCUGUUGGAUCACAGGGCCUCAAUACAGCUGCGAGCCACCGAUGGAGCCACAGCGGUGCACCUGGCGGUGCUGGGUGGAUCCCCUGAGACGCUGAAGCUUUUGCUGGAGGCGCGCGGUGAUGCCUUAGACGCCAUCGGGCCGCAGCAGAUCACGCCCAUCCACCUGGCAGUGAGUGGUGGCCAUGUUCAGAUGCUACGAAGUAUGGUGAGCAAAAAGCCAGCUUCGCUUCGGAAUGAUGCCAUGAUGAAUUUAUGACCUGACUUUGGUGGUUCAUCUUGCUUGGC